AUGGCAGCUACAUAUCAAAAUCCUCUGCGUUCAAUCGGACAUCCCACAACUCAAAAAUCUCGAGCAAAAAAACCUAUCUCACAACGAAAUCCUGCUACAAAUAACAACGAUCCUAAUAGCAUUAAAAUACGAUUUGGAAAUAAUUCAUCACAAAAUUCAAUGUAUAAGCCAACAUCAAUAUUAAAGAAAAAAACACUUCAACAACAACAACAACCAACAUAUAUUCAUCAGUUCAAGGAAAAUGCUCUUAAUUGGUAUCAGCCAACUGAUCUUGAAUUAUUUCCAUCGAGACCAUUUUAUAGUCCUAUUCUCACACCACCAAGAUUACGAAAGUUAAUAACACCACCUGGUAUUGAGCCUUAUCGAAAUAAUUACAAUUUACGUCGACUUAACAGUCCAUUGCCGGCAUUUGAUGAUUUAUAUUCUCCUCCAGUUGGUCUUGACACUUGGGGACUUAAUUCAAAUGAUUAUCGUUUAACUUCAAAUGCUAAUUUAAUUCGACGAUAUCCAUCUCCUUUAUCUCAUUAUGGUUUAGGUAGUGGACUUCAAAGACAAAAGAAGUCAUAUAUUGUGGUACCUCAUCUAAGUAAUCUUUUAUCUCCACCUGUGAGUAAUAGGCGUGGUGGUAGUUUCACAUUGCCAUUACGUCGAAUAGCACCAGUCUAUGAUCCAGUUUCACACUAUGCAUACCCUGAACGAUUGCAUUAUUUUCCUUCACAACUAUCUCACCGUGAGCUGUAUGAUUAUGCAUCUUUACCACGAAAUGAAGCAUUGGCUAAUCAUUAUACAGAUGAUUUUAUUAACAGAUGUAUUAAAGAUGAGUUUAUACCAGAUAUUUUACUUGAAGUCUUUAGUGAACUUGAUCAAGAACAAAAACAAAAUGACAUAUCGUAUAGAUCUACAGUUGAACAGUAUUAUUCAGAUCUAAAUAGACGCAUGAAUCAAGAACAAACGAAUAAUCAUUUAAUAUCGGACGAUUGGAUACGCGAACUUGAUUAUCAACGUCCACAUAUUCCUACAUCUAAUAUCGAUUCAAAUUUAUCUUUAUUGAGACCAUUAGAUCUUCAAGAGGUUCCAUCUCUACGAACAACUAAUCGACUACGAUAUCAUGAUUUACCAUCCGAUGUACAAGGACGUUUAUUAGCAACUAUUAAUCAAGAAUUAAUCGAUUUCGAAGUCGAAAAUAUGUUAAGAGAAUUAAGUAGUCAAACUUUAUCUGAUCGACCUCGUCAAGUUCCAACCAUGAAUGAUCCUACUUAUGAUAUUUAUCAUACAAGCAGACAACCAUUUGAUCAAGUUCAAUAUAAUGCAAUUGAAAAUCAUGCACAAAAUAAAUUAUUAGAUACAAUAUGUUUAGAUCAAUUAAUAAUAAAAUAUCUCAAACAAAAUGGUUCAAUUGUUGAUGUUGAUGAUCGUUCACGUUUAUUAGAUGUAACUAUUCUUCAUAAUUUAAUUAAUCAAUAUCAACAGAUAGAUGAAAAUCGUUCAAGAACAUUAGAUAAUUAUGCAUCAAGAAAAUUUCAUGUCAAUUCAUUUAUGAAUGUUGUAAGUAAAUAA